AUGAAAUCAGAUUUGAGUAAUAUAUCAGCACUUUCAUCAAUGACCAACCAUCAACAAGGAAGUGAGUUCCAAUUCAUUAUGGAAAACAAGCUGCCUGGUAGUAAUAAAGCAUCAGUCACUCACAAAACUCGAGCUGUUCCCGCAAUUCCUGCCGAUUUCAUAGUCCCCUAUCCACCGAAAAUCACAGCUAAAGACAUAGUUGAAAAGGCUAAAUUAAGGAACAAUUCAUCGAAAUCUCCAAAUAAAUUUUUAAUUUAUCGUAAGGCCUUUGUUACGGAAUUGCUUAAUCAAGGUUUUAAUUAUUCCAUGACAGACAUUUCAAAAUUCAUUGGUGAACGGUGGAGGAAAGAACCAAAACAUGUCAAAGAUACAUAUCAAGAGAUUUCAUGUCAGGCCAAUCGAUUACAUAAGGAAUCUUUUGGUCAUUCCAUCGUGAAGAAAAAGAAUCGUAAGAAAGCCUUAAAUAAAUCACCACCAAUUCCUGCAGUUAACAUGGAAUUCUCUUCAUUGAUGUUACCAGUCCCCGGAAAUUUUUCAUGCGAUGACAACAUUAAUUAUUCUCAAAUAUAUUCAUCACAACUACAUCAACCAUCAUAUAUUUCUUAUAAUCCAUCAGAGUUUUUUAACUUUUCAGCCGACUGUUUUUUCUGA